AUGGCUCGUCAUCAAUCAAGCUCCCCUACACCUAUAUUCGAAACUGUAUUAGCUUUAGCUAAAGGUACAGAGAGAUUGACAUAUGAAAAUACAUUUUUAAAUGCAGAAAACUGUACACUUCGGAAGGCAAAUGAGGCAUUAAGCAAACGUCGACGCAUGAAAAAGACUCAAUUACGUCAAGGAGGAGUACUUACUGGACAAGAAGCUGCAGAUAUAUUAUCUCAACAAAAGGUUGAUAUUCAGAUUCAACGCGACGAGCGUCAAAAUGGGGGAAAUUCUAAUAGGGAAUCAUCUACUAGUCGAUGCUGUAGCAUGAAGGUCUAUAUAAUCAAGAUGGAUUUCCUUUGUAUAGAGCUUGGUGCUCAAGAUCAAUCAUCUAGCCGUGUGCAAACACGAUCAGAUUUCAUCGAAUUAGUAUGUGAUCUUGGUCACCUGAAGAUCGUAUGCGCACGCACCAUCAGAAAUCGCGUGAUAAGGAGUCUUGAGGAGCCAGAAAGCUUCUAG